AUAGAAUACAGCAUCCACACCAUGGCAGAAGACACCCCCCUGCUCCCACAGAGCACCAACGACAACACCACUUGGUGGACAGCCCGUCGCAAGAAGCUCGUCGCCAUCAGCCUUCUCUCUCUCCUACUCGUCGGGGUUGCAGUGUCUACCGUCAUCACUGUCGUCGUGAAGAAUCGGGAGCCGAAGGAUCCACUUGAAAGGGCCAAGUUUUACCUCAAGAAAACCCCUGUGAUCGAUGGGCACAUUGACUUGCCCGAGCUGGCCCGGUCAGUGUAUGGAAACGACCUGGACAAGUUUGAUCUUCACAAAUCCACUCUUGGCCACCUCGAUAUCCCUCGGCUGAGGCAGGGACAAUUGGGCGCUUUCUUCUGGUCAAUCUUUGUUGAAUGCCGUACGACCAACGGCGAAGACUUCCUCUCCCCCACAUUUGAAGUGCGAGACACUCUGGAACAGCUUGACGUGGCCAACAACAUCAUAGAACGCUACAGCGACACCUUUGCCCCUGCCCGUACCGCCGACGAUGUUGAGGCUGCAUGGAAAGCUGGCAAGGUUGCUAGUCUCUUUGGACUCGAAGGCGGGCAUUCGCUUGGAAACUCUUUGGGCGUUUUGAGGAUGUACCAUCAACUGGGUGUCCGAUAUAUGACAUUGACUCACAGCUGCAACAACGCCUUUGCCGAUUCGGCUGGUGUCUUUGAGGACGUCGAGGAGCGCUGGGGUGGACUUUCACCUUUCGGUAAGGAGCUCAUCCCCGAAAUGAACCGUCUCGGUAUCUUUGUCGACAUCUCUCACGUCUCUGACAAGACCGCCCUCCAAGCUCUCGAGCUCACCGAGGCCCCUGUGAUCCUCUCCCACUCUUGUGCCCGACACUUUAACAACAUGUCUCGUAACGCCCCUGAUGAGGUCUUUUCCAAGCUCGGUGAUGGAAAGGACAAGAAUGACGGUGUCGUCAUGGUCAACUUCUUCCCAAUGUUCGCUUCAAAGAACCCGGAUGAAGUUGACGUUGCCUACAUCGCUGACGAAGUCGAGUACAUCGCCAAGAAGGCCGGCAGAGCCCACGUUGGUAUCGGAUCAGACUAUGACGGUAUCGAGUCCACUCCCAAGGGUCUGGAAGACGUCUCCACAUACCCCAACCUCUUUGCCGAGCUCAUUCGACGCGGAUGGUCCAGGUCGGACCUUGCUGGUUUAGCUGGUGGGAAUGUGCUUCGCGCUCUUCGUGGUGUGGAGGAAACUAGCAAGAGGUUGAAAGGUGAAGGGAAGGGACCGAGUAUGGCUAAAUAUGAUAAGAGGAAGGACCUUGAAGGAGGAGGGGAGCUCUAGGUGGUGGUGUCGUGGACUAGAAAUAUAUAUCAAAGUUGAGCUCUAUGUUGUGGAUGCAUGCAGCAAGUAUGUACAG